AUGGAGUCUAGCAGGGAAUUCGAUAUUGUGGUCCUCGGCCCUACUGGAUAUACUGGAAAGUACUGCGCAGAGCAUAUCGUCACUCAUCUGCCCACAAACCUGAAAUGGGCGCUGGCAGGGCGUUCCACCAAGAAAAUUGAGGGCGUCGCUCAGGAGUUGAAGAAGCUCAACCCUGAUCGCUUGGAUCCCGGUAAGACUAUGUACUGGUGCUUGUGGAGCGGCUCUGCUGAUGCGUCCAUAGAGAUCAUCUCUGUCCAGCUCAAUAAGGAGGAACUGCGCUCUCUCGCAGAGAGAACGAAGCUUAUUAUCAACUGCGUUGGUCCUUAUCACAUAUACUCCACUCCUGUUGUCGAGGCUUGCGCGAAUGCCGGCACCCACUAUGUCGAUGCGACUGGCGAGACACCAUGGGUCAAGCAGACAGUCGACAAGUAUCACGGAACAGCGAAGUCGAACGGUGCCAUUAUAAUCCACUGUGUCGGCAUUGAAAGCGCGCCUGCAGACAUGUUAGCUUAUGCCCUGGUCAAGGAAGUUAGGGAGAAGAUGUCCUGCCAAACUAAAGAGAUUACCGGCUCAAUCUACGAGUUCAAAUCCUCUGGCGCGAGCGGCGGUACUCUGGCUUCUAUCUUAACCUGUAUAGAGGACUUCUCUGGAUCUCAACUCCUCGAAUCAACAAAGCCGUUCGCCCUUGCAGCCUCCCCGCCACCAAAGGACAUUCCAUCCGAGUCCUUCGUGGCGCGGAUCCUCGGUGUCCGAACUGUUCGUGACUUAGGCACGCUCACUAAGUCGCCCACGGACUUUUGCGACAUGACUAUCAUCCAUCGAAGCAGCACCCUGAUGCCGGAACUCUACGGCCCCAGAUUUUACUUUCGCCAAUUCCUCAACGUCCGCAACACAUUUAUUGGAAUAUUGUGGAAUUACGCCUUCCUGGUGGGAACGGCUUUCUUGAUCUUGGCACCGGUCCGAUGGCUGGUGAAGAAAGCCAUCUAUGCCCCUGGCAGCGGGCCAACCACGGAGAGCGGCCGUAAUGACCGAUGCGAGUACCGCGCCAUCGCCACUCCGGACCAGGACACGCCGAAGCGUGUGUUGGGGAAGUUGAAGUAUGCGGGAUCGUCAAUGUAUCACUUCACGGGCGUGCUCAUGGCAGAGGCAGCUAUGGUGAUUUUGGAGAAUGAGGAGAAGGUGAAGAGGGUCUCGGGAGGGGGUAUCGUUACGCCGGCGAGCUUGGGCCAGGAGUACCUUGACCGACUUGAGAAUAAUGGAUGUCGUGUUGAGACGCAGGUGCUGGAGAACUAAACUGCUUGCCCUCUGUCUUACGAUCAGGUUGAUCAUGCAAUCUUUAUGCCAUAGUUAUUCCAUCAUAGUAUAUAUA